UCUGAGCAGCAGGUUGAUUAGGGAGAACUGUAAUGGAGUAAGGAAUGAGAUGUCAGGUGUGUUUGGGGCAGAUGGGCAUGUCCACGGAGGGCAGAUAGGGAGCAACACCAGGGGGUAUGAGAUUGAGGGGCAGAAAGACCCCUAGACACCCCAGCAAGGCCACAUGCUAGCAAUUUGCUAACGUGGGAACCCACCCUCUCUCCGGUUUCCAUGUGUGUGUCCCUGAGGCUGGCUGAGGCAGAGCCCAGGAGCAUUAUUCUGGGGUAUGUGGCUCAUGGGGCAAACAGCCUGGCUCAGGGACGCCUCCCUCCACCCAGCAGGAUCCUCCUGGUCCUUCCUUUGCAGCAGAUGAACUCCUCAGUGCGGAUGGCUGCUGUCCCCUGCCUGGGUCUGACCCUGUUUCUCUGGAGCCAAGGGCCAGGGGUCCAAGGCCAAGAAUUCCAAUUCGGGCCCUGCCGAGUAGAGGGGGUUGUUCUCCAGGAACUGUGGGAGGCCUUCCGGGCCACCAAAGACAUCGUGCAAGCUCAGGAUAACGUCAAGAGCGUCCAGCUGCUGCAGAAGGAGGUUCUACAGAACGUCUCGGAUGCUGAAAGCUGUCACCUCAUCCAUGCACUGCUGAAGUUCUACUUGAACGCCGUCUUCAAAAACUACCCCAGUAAGGCAGCUGAAUCCAAGAUCCUGAAGUCCUUCUCUACUCUGGCCAACAACUUCAUCGUCAUCGUGUCAAAACUACAACCCAGCCAGGAAAAUGAGAUGUUCUCUACGAGCGAGAGUGCACGCAGGCGGUUUCUGCGGUUCCAGAGAGCGUUUAAAAAGUUGGACAUAGAAGCGGCUCGGAUCAAAGCCUUUGGAGAAGUGGACAUUCUCUUGGCCUGGAUGGAGAGAUUCUACCGGCUCUGAUCGCCUAGACCUAGACACCCUCCUGGUUCUCUGCAUCAUUUCAAACAAGUGUCCUUCCUGUGAUGUACUCCGGGCACUUCACACCUUAGAUGAUGGGUCCCCUUCUUGGCCCAGGCUUGUCCACAAAGACUUCAUCCUUUAAGUGGCCCCAGUGACAGUCAUGGAAGUUCUCUGAGAUGCUGUGAAUAAUCUACAAGCAGAUUCCUAUAUUUAUUAUGAUGCAACUUGAGUCCUGUCGGUGUUUUAACUGACGUGUAUUUAUUUGUAGACUGUAAGUUCUGUGAAGGCAGCAGGAAUAGUGCCCCAGGCCUCUCUCUCCUCCAAAAGCCUCAUUGCCAUGUGGGGUGGUGAAGAGAUACUUGGUAAAUGCCUAAUAAACUGGAGUUUUUGCCUGUCUUUGAAAUGUUGAAGAACAAGGAGGGGCGCUGGGAUGUGAAGCUGAACUCGAGGGCAUGGAAAUCACACUGUCAUGGGAUCUGAAGGAACAGGCAUCGGGGUGGGGGUGAAAGGCACUGGUUUGAAGUGUAAAUGAUAAAAGAUACAAUGUGCGGUAAGCGCCCAGCACAAAGCAGGCACUCACCAAACAUUCCUGUUCUUGCUGGUUCUGCCCAUCCCACUCCCACCAUCCCUUCCCCUUGGGUCCCUUCAUUCUUAUCCUACUCAUCCUUUCCUUAUCUCCUGCUUGAGCAGGUGCCAGUCAGGCUACGGUGUCAUCAUAACUGGAUGUACUGUCCAAUCUAAUGACAUUCCCUGCUAAUAAGAGCCAAGGAAUUCAAGUCUGGGCAGCCUCUCCUUUCUAUUUCUGGACACGUGCCCAGUGAGGCUGAAUUGUGUCUCUGGGAAGGGCUUUUUCCCUAAUAGUAAGCCUGGGUAUUUUCUAGUCUCAAGCUCUGGCCGAACUUUGUCGCUGACUUUGAUCCAGCGAUACAAUGUCUGCCUAGGCCCUUGCUCAGAAAAGUUAAGAGAAGGGAUAUGGCUUGGAAAGGAA